UUGACAAUAAAAAUCUCUCAGGAAACUUAAGUCUCCGGUGACAAAUAAGACUCUCGACCAAGACAGGAUGCAUAUGACCCAACUGCUGAGCCAAAGGGAUAUGGGAGGCAAACAAGCUGUGCUCUAUUGUCUUAGCAUAUGCUUUACAGACAUUUAUAGAAUUUGAGCUCACAAUGAAAUCACUCGGUUCAUUGCUCUUUCAUGCAGCAAAGAUGAGGAUUCCUCAGCAGGUAUUCUGGCAGCUGCUGCUUUUGGGACUGACAAUCCAGCCCAGUGAAGAGGUAGAAGCCUUGUGUUCUGGGACCACUUGCUACACACUGAAUUUUGGAAGGUUCAGCUGGAUGGAGGCUCAGCAAAAGUGCAGAGACAAUGGGGGCAACCUGAUGACUCUGAAAAGCCAAGAGGAGGCUUUGCUUGUCCAGCAGCUGCUGGCCAAGAUGCCCAAAGGGGAAGCUGGCACUGUUGUGGAGGUAAGAUUGUGGAUUGGGCUUCACCGAAAGAAAGGCAAAUGUUACCAGCAACAUCAGCCAUUGAGGGGCUUCCGCUGGGUGACAGGAGGUGAGGAGACCCAGUACUCUAAAUGGGGACAGGAACCCCGGGAAACAUGCAUGUCAAAUAUGUGUGUGACCCUUCAGGGGACUCCCUUCUCACCUCAGGAACUGCCUUGGGUAGACAGCUUUUGCAGUAAUGCAACUGCUGGAUUGUCAGGCUUCUUGUGCAAGUUCAGUUUCCAGGGGAUGUGCCGUCCACUUACACUGGCAGGGCCAGGUGUUGUCAGCUACAGAACCCCUUUUGGAGCAGUCACUGCUUUCCUUGUAACUGUGCCCUUUGGCUCCACAGCUGAAGUAGCAUGUGGACCCCAAGGAGAGGAGAUACCUAACACCUUCCUUGUGUGCAAGCCACAGCCAAACAGCAAUAUCUCUGAAUGGAGCAGCCCAGGGCCAUUUUGUGCUUCACCCACUUACGGUUGCAGCUACAGCAAUGGGGGCUGUGAACAUGAAUGCCUGGAUCAGGGCAAGGGCUUGUUUCAAUGUGCAUGCCAUUCAGGAUACCAGCUUGGAGGGGACCAUCUUUCCUGUGUCCCUGUGGACUAUUGCAGCUCCAAUCCAUGUCAAGGGCAGUGUCUACCAUACCCCGGUGGCUUCAAAUGCCUCUGUCCUUCUGGUUACAUUUUGGCUGAUGAUGAGCAGAGCUGCAUAGAUGUGAAUGAAUGUAAUGCUCCUCAAAACCCUUGUGAACAGAUAUGUGUGAAUACCAAGGGGUCCUUCACAUGUCAUUGUAACCUAGGCUAUAUGCCUGCUGAAUCUGAUGGCCAGGCAUGCCAGGACAUUGACGAAUGUGCUAGGAACACACCAUGUGACCAGUUUUGUGUAAAUACUCAUGGCUCAUUCCACUGCUCUUGCCAGCUAGGAUACCAACUGGAAGGCAUUAAUAGCUCUUCUUGUCUUGAUAUUGACGAGUGCCAGGAAGAACUUUGUGAACAUAGGUGCAUCAACCAACUUGGCAGCUACCAGUGCUCUUGCAGGGUUGGAUGGAUUUUGGCACCCAAUGGGAUCUCUUGCCUCCUGGAUCCCACAUGCAGCACCUCUUCACCACCGACUCAGGGAGGAGAAUGGGGGAUUCCAGCAAACAUUCAUCCUGCUUCAGAGUUACCAGUCCUGCUGCCUGACCCUUCACUUCAAGCUGAGCUAGGAAGAGUCAUUGUGUCCCAGGAUUCUACCCUUCAGCCUGCUGUGGUCAGCAGUGCACUGGAGAUGGAACACCGUAUCAGAGAUGAAAGGAUAGACAAGAACAGCCAUGGCUCCAAGCAACUCUUACAUUAUAUCUUGGGUGGUGUGGGUGUUUUGUUCCUGAUGUCUUUUGCCCUAGGCUGGGUCAUCUGCAGGAAAAUGAAAGCCAAGGAAGCCAAGAAAAAUUCUAAGAAUGUCACUGGUAAUUACUCUUGGGUACCAGAUCAGGGGGAGACCAGGGCAGGAAGCAAGGAGGGCUUGUAGUCAACAGUGUGAUUUUGGUGUGAGCAGGAAGGAAAGGGAAGGCAUAUAUGGAACCUGAAAUUUUAAAAAGUGUACAUUGAGAUGUUUUUCAUGUAAUAUUUCGCAAGAGGACUGCUAAGAUUGUGCCAUCAAAACCACAAGGGUGAAACUAGAAAUAAAGUUUUUAGAGUAACUGUAUCAAGAUUUGCAUCUUUGACAACAGCGACAGGUUUAACUUUGCAGUCCACUUUAUGUACAUGCUGGAUGGUCAGUUGAUGGUUAGAUCAGCUUUCCCUUCUUGCCUGGGAAGCAAGUGGUACAUUUUCUAAGCAGCACAUGUGUAUGUAUGUCUACACAGAUUUUACCUUACUACUCCAAUGCCAACUGCAAAUCAAACCUUAAAAAAAAAAGACUUCAUGACCAGGAGGAAGGAAACAUAUGACUUAAACUGAUUCCAAUAGAACCACUGUGAUAAAGUGCACAGUCAAAUUAUCCUUCAGACUACUGUUGUUAGUUAUGAAGUCUUAUAUCCAAUUUCACCAUUGUGUUUAAACUAAUUGUGGUCCAUAGAAUUCAGUUUGAAUGGAAUCAGAUGUACUGAGUUCAUAGAAGUGUAAUUUACCUUAUCUCGAAUUGGCUGUAUUUGGUUCAGUAAAAAGGUACUGCAUGCCUGCUGAGACUGCAGCCUUUGCCGUUUUGCUGCUCACCCAAAGCUUUGCAAAAAGCUACCACGUUGUUUGGGGAUGACUCAGCCUCACUGUAGCAGCAGCAGCUGCUGCAACCAACCAGAGCUUCCUUUAUGCCUUCCAUAUCAGUUCCUGGGGAGAAGGAGAAAAAUACAGGGGCCGUUUAUGAUCCCAAUGUAUUUCAUGAUUGGGGGCUCAAAGGAAAACAGUUCUGGGAAUGUAGCAGAAAUUUGAAACCAUUUCAAAGUUAACUGCAGUAAAACCUGAACACUGUUCAGUAAAAUGUGCUUUAUGCAUCAUUCUCCUAUGGCGACAUUUUAUAAUGAUGGUAGUAGAGUAACCAGUUCUACUGACUGCCUCCAUCUUGUACGUCUAGUACUGAAAUGUGUCUUCCAGGGCUAGUUCUUUAAAAAUAACUUGGUCGGCCUGUGUGAUCAACCCUGGGAGAAAAGUCCAAAAUGUAAGAGGAUUUCAUUUUUUGUAUUUGAUUGGGUUUCAGUAGGCAGAGUAUACAGACCAAAUAUGCAGUGUUGUGGUAGGGAUACGGUUUUGUUCCCUCCAUUUAAAGGAGCUCCAUUUUCAGUGUCAGACAGUUGUAUACUUCUUUUUUCUUAUGACUUAUGAUCGCUAAAAUAACAUGUGAGGGGUGUUGGGGGUGUAUAUCAGUGUUUCUCAACCUUGGCAACUUUAAGAUGUGUGGACUUCAACUCCCAGAAUUCCCCAGCCAGCCACACAUCUUAAAGUUGCCAAGGUUGAGAAACACUGGUGUAUAUAAAUAUUUGUUAUGGGGUUUUUUGCAUAAUUUUUAAUUUGAAGAUAAAAGAGCAAUUUAUCCAGAUCACAUUCUUUUU